GGGCCCAGGGUGAGGACCCGCGGCCAGGAGCCAGGCAGGGGCGGCCACACAGGGUGGCACGUGUCACGGUGGCAUGGCUGUGGCUGUCAACCUCAGAGCCACCAGGUACAGGGAGAAGGGAGCGUAGAGGAAGCAGAAAUGAAACCUGUACAUGUCCCCAGCGAGCGGGGUCCAGGUUGGAGCUGCGAGAGCCCCGGCCCCUAACUUGGAAGGGCGCCGGUCGCCCCACGCCGGCCUCCCUGCGGCCGUGGGCUGGGCCCGAGCCGCCCUGUCCCUGGGAGCCUGGCAGAGGAGGACCAGGGCUCGGCGCUAGGCUGACGGCACGGCUCUGGGUGAGCCGUGGCCCUGCCGCCUGCUGCGUUGGCGGGCAGCCUCCACGCGUGCCCUGAGCACCGCCAGGGCCCUGCGCCAGCACGUAAGGAAUAAGCGAGCAGAGGAGGGCUCGCGAGGACUGACCCCGUCGCAGCCUGGUGUUGACGCCAGGGCCCAGGGGAGGGCCACCCACGGGGCCGCUGGCUCCUCACGCUGCAGUUGGUGGGGCGUGGGGGCGGGCGGCGAGCCACUGGGACCUGGAUUUCUUGGAGCCUCAUGGCUCAGACUGUGAGAGGUGCGGCUGACGGCCGGGCCAGUAGGGGACCCGAGGUGUCCUCCUGAGUGAGCUGCACGAGGGCGCACACACGCACGCACGCGCACACACGCCCUUGCCCCUCCCACGGCAGCCCCAGGUGCAGAGCUCCUGGCUCAAGGCCCCACGGCCCACAUUAUCCCGGCUGCUAAUCCUGGGCACCUAAUCCCGAGGGUUUCCUCUCCCCGCGGCAACAGGUGGGGGCCCCAGCUGUGGUGGGGAGGCUCCGGGGACGAAGGACAGGCCUGGAGGCUGGGAUAAGGGCUCCCCGGGAAGCAGCAGCAGGAGGAGGACGAUCCGUCUGCUUCUCUCGGGUCCGGAGAGCCAUCCAGGGCCUCCCCAGCACAGCUCGCGGCCCCAGCUGUUCCUGACGAGGCACAGGCAGCAGCGCAGCGGAGAGGGGGCAGCCCGGCCUUGAGCAGGUGCCCCAGGCCCCCCCACAGCACCCCCAGGCUGCUCCCAUCCCGGGGGCUUCUUCCUGUGUGGCACUGUCUGGGGCUCACCUGGCUGGCGUCCCCCGGGAGCCCUGUCCCCCAUCCGCGGGCAGCCCUGCCUCCUGAGCCUGGGAUCUCGGGGGCUCACGAGUGCGUGCUGAGGGCUCGGCCACUACUGGGCCCACGGGACGGAGGUUGGUGCCGGCGGUGCCCUGAGCCGCCCGGGGCCUCUGCUGCCAGGCCCGCCCUGUGCACCGCGCCUCUGCCAUCUGCGCCGCUCUGCUCUGCGGGUGGGGACAGCCGGCGCCUACCAGUCGUCCCCAGGUGCAGGCACUGUGGCUCCUCCCGCGCCCCACAGCCCCUCAGGCCUCCCACGCAGCCGGCGUUGGUGCGGAACUACCUGCCGAUCAGUCAGGAUGCUCGGAGAACCAGUCGGUAGGGGGUACGCGUACGUACGUCUGUGUUGCUUAUGUAUGUAUGUGUUCUACGUAUAAGCUUACGUGGAGACAGAUACACACGUACCAAGAUUUCUUAUGAGAAACUUGGCCCGUGCAGUUAUGGAGCUCGGCGAGUCCCCAGGUGCGCAGCCAGGCAGCGGGGAAGUCAGGAGAGGUAAAGGUGUGGCCGGCAGGGCGGCCUCCAGAGCCAGGCAUGACGACCGGGUCAGAGGUAGCCACGCAGGACAAGUUCAGGGAAGGGCCGGCCCUUUUGGGCUAUUCAGUCCUUCAACUGAUCAGACGAGGCCCACCGACACUGAGUUUACCCAUUAAAAUACUGAUUUGUCCUAGAAACACCGCUGCAGACACACCUGGCACCUCAUGGCCCCCCAAAGUGACAGGUGGAGUCCACCAUCACGCUGCUCUUGGCCCCGAGGCAGUCGCUCUGGGCCUGGCUGUGGGCAGGGGGCUGCGGGGAGGAGGGGAGUCACCAGGAGUGAGAUGCCCUCGGGGUCUUAGGUGAGGCUGCCCGUGGACCCCACCUGGAGCCCCCGGGGGGUGGGGGGCGGCCUCUCCUGCCCCUCGGCUGCCCGUUGGCCUGCCUCCGCUGUCCCACAUGCUCGGGUCCUCUGCCAUCUGCUGCGUUGCCCCAGCUCUGUGGUCAGGCCUCACGGCAGCUGGAAGGUAGACACUCAUUUUGUCCAGACCCAAGCCCAGCGGACAGAGGGAGGCUCCUGGGUACAGCCCGCAGGCUCCAGGAGGAAGAGUUCCCAGCCCGGCUGUGGGACCCGGUCCCUGGAGGGCCAAGUCCCGGCGCGCAGUGUGCCGCAGGGUCCUCCAGCCCCCCCCACCUGCCCCCCGGCUUGCCGCGGGGCCCCGGGACACAAACAAGGGGCAGCGGCCCCAGAGCCACAGCCUGGCCUUAAUGUGGGUCAGCAACACUCCCUGGGCCCCGGCAGGGAGGGCAGCCGUGACGUCCCCGUCCCCUGGCUGACUGCUCGGGUGUCAGCGCUGCCCACGUCGGAGGCAGAUCCUGGAAAGAAACUGCCCGUGAGUGAGCCGGGGCACAGCCCGACUCCAGCAGCAUGGCCCAGGGGAGCUGAUGGCCCAGGCACCAGGCCAGCAGCUCGGUGCCCGUUGGGCCUGCGCCUCACUGUGUGCACGGUGGGGCUCGGCCACUCCAGCCACCCUGCGGUCGUGCCGGGUGCGGGCUCUCCUGUGGGACGGGUCCCGCGGCCUUUGUGGUGAGACGGCAGCGUGUGCUUGGAAUUCAGACCAAGCGUCGGCACGAGCACCUGUGCAUCGACGUCCAGCGCAGCGUCUGGCACGCCACACGCGUAUCGGUGCCCAGGUCGAGCCGGGCCAGAUCCGGGUGCAAACUCAGAAACAUCCUUAGGAAGUUCCAUGAGACUCAGGACCAUCCUGGUGGCCGGAGACGCCCGGUGUCGCGGAUCCUAGGCUCACGGGGCCCCGGCCGCCGGCCUGUGGGUGGAGGGGACGGUUCCAGGCGCCGGGAGGGCCAGCCUCCCCAUUUCUGAUCCAGAGCCUCCGUACGGGCGAGAGCCUUCCAGACGGCACAGGCAAACUGGGGCAGAACUGGGGCAGGGGUAGGAAAAGUUUGCAACGGCGGGUUCCAGUCACGGCGUCCUGACCUGCCUGGGCAGUGAGGCGGGGCGGGAGCGCGUGUGCCCCAGGCUCCGGGGGGGAGCCCCCGGAGGAGGCCGCCCGGCCGCCCGAAGGCUCUGGGUGCUGCCACUCGAUUCUCCUGUGCGCGUGGCGGCCACCAGUGCAUCAUCUGGCUGACACCCCAGACUGGAUUCCCAAUUUGCUAAUUUAAAUGAUGUGAUGUGUAUGAUUUGGCUUGAGCUUUACGUGCUCGUGUCCAAGAUCCACAGCUGUUCAGGUAAAACUUGGCCACGGACUUGGAGCUGCUCGUUGCUGUUCUCUUGCGGCUUUUCUUUUUUUAAGGUUUUGUUUAUUUAUUCAUGAGAGACCCAGAGAGAGGCAGAGACACAGGCAGAGGGAGAAGCAGGCUCCAUGCAGGGAGCCCGAUGCGGGACUCGAUCCCGGGACCCCGGGGCCACACCCUGAGCUGAAGGCAGAUGCUCCACCGCUGGGCCCCCCAGGCGUCCCCCUCUCGUGGCUUUUGAUUUCCAAGGGGAGAACUUGUCGUUGCAGCCGUCCCUAGCUGUCCUGCUGCCUCCUGAGCCCUGCGAGGACCCGGUCCCCAUCCCUGCCCCUGCGUGUCCUGCCGAGCCGGGCCCAGACAGUGUGGAGGGCGCAGGUGUCUGAGGGCGGCCGGGGUGUUGGUCACUUACCGGGGAUGCCGGCCCGUGAAGGUUCCCGUGGGCCCGAUGUGGACCGUCCAUCCCCCCCCGCGCUGCCCUUUCUCAUGGCAGGUGGGGUCCUGGGAGCCUGGAGAUGCGGGGUUACCUGACCCACUGGGGUCGGGGGGAGUGAGGGCCGAGGUGGAGCAUGGGAACAGGGUGGGCUGGGGUUGAGCGGACAGAGGGAGCGCUGGGGCCUCUUCUCACUAGUCGCCCACCUGCCACCCGCCGUGUCCCAUCGGGACAUUCUGAGCCCCGCCGCAGGGCAAGCCGGGUGUGCGCUGGUGACCCUCGAGUGGGGGCGUGCCCUGCCUCUACUGCCCCCACCAUGGCACGUGCCCGCCGGGUGUGAGAUUCCUGCAGAGCUGAGGCUGCACGGGGUGGAGGCCGCAUCCACACUCCGAGCUCCCUCCAGGGCCCGAGAGCACAGCUCAGGCUGGCCCAGCAGAGGCCGCGGGGCCGGGGGGCCGGGUGAUGCAGGGCCCCGCAGGGUCCCCACGUGGCCUUGUUUGGGUGCGCGGGUCUGGCGUGGACCCCAGCAGACCGGGGAGCGGGCCUCAGGGCCAUCGCAGCCCCACGGGACCAGGCACAGGGGCGUCGGGGCGCAGAUGUCAGUGCGUUCGACGGCCUGUGCCGGCCUUCUAACCGGAAGCUCUCCUCACAGAACCAAGCCCGCCGCUGGACUUCCGCCCCCCGCGCGGAGAUGCCGCAGCGCUGCACGGGGGACAAGGCCGCGGUCUCCCUGCCGCCCCUGGUCUUCCGGAGCCCGCCCUCGGCCGCGGUCACGGACGCCCCCGGCAGGCGGGCGUCCCCCGGCUCGGCCCUGAGCCCGGGCGCCCCGGGGUCCGCGGCCCUCAGCCCCCUGGACCCGUGCAGCCAGCCGCUGUGCCAGCCGCAGGCGGAGAAGCGCGCCCGGGCGGCCCCCGACAUGCACUACGUGGCGGCCGGGCCGCAGGGCGCGGCGUGCGGCUGGCGGACCUUCGCGCCCGGGUGCCUGCAGGCCUUCAACACGCCGCGGGGCUUCCUGCUGUUCCUGAGCGCCGCCGCCUUCCUGCAGGGCAUGACGGUGAACGGCUUCAUCAACACCGUCAUCACGUCCAUCGAGCGCCGCUACGACCUGCACAGCUACCAGAGCGGCCUCAUCGCCAGCUCCUACGACGUGGCCGCCUGCCUGUGCCUCACCUUCGUCAGCUACUUCGGCGGCAACGGACACAAGCCCCGCUGGCUGGGCUGGGGCGUGCUGGUCAUGGGCGCCGGCUCGCUGGUGUUCGCCCUGCCCCACUUCACCGCGGGCGCCUACGACGUGCAGGCGGCCGACGGCGUCGGGACGUGCGGGGCCAACCGCAGCGUGGCGUGCGGGGACGGCGCCUCGGGCCUGUCGGGCUACCGGCUGGUCUUCAUGCUGGGCCAGUUCCUGCACGGCGUGGGCGCCACGCCGCUCUACACGCUGGGUGUCACCUACCUGGACGAGAACGUCAAGUCCAGCUACUCUCCUGUCUACAUCGCCACCUUCUACACCGCGGCCAUCCUCGGGCCCGCCGCCGGCUACCUCAUCGGGGGCGCCCUGCUGAACGUUUACACGGACGUCGGCCGCCGGACGGAGCUGACCACCGAGAGCCCGCUGUGGGUCGGCGCCUGGUGGGUGGGCUUCCUGGGCGCGGGGGCUGCUGCCUUCCUCACCGCCAUCCCCAUCCUCGGCUACCCCCGCCAGCUGCCAGGCUCCCAACGCUACGUGGUCAUGAGAGUGUCUGAAACACAGCAGCUGAAGGACAGCGGUCCCACGGCCGUCAGCAACCCCGACUUCGGGAAAACCAUCAGAGACCUGCCUCUCUCCAUCUGGCUCCUCCUGAGGAACCCCACCUUCAUCCUGCUGUGCCUGGCCGGAGCCACCGAGGCCACGCUCAUCGCCGGCAUGUCUACCUUCGGCCCCAAGUUCCUGGAGGCCCAGUUCAGCCUGAGCGCCUCGGAGGCUGCCACCUUGUUUGGGUACCUGGUGGUGCCGGCGGGUGGCGGCGGAACAUUUCUGGGCGGCUUCUUCGUGAACAAGUUCAAGCUCCGCGGCGCGGGCAUCAUCAAGCUGUGUCUGCUUUGCACCCUGACCAGCCUGCUGGCCUCCUUCGUCUUCUUCAUCCACUGCCCCAAUGUGCCCAUGGCCGGGGUGACAGCCAGCCACAGCGGCAGCCUCCUGCCCGACGGCCACCUGGACCUGACGGCCCCCUGCAACGCCGACUGCGCCUGCCGGCCCGAGCACUACAGCCCCGUGUGCGGCUCCGACGGCCUCACCUACUACUCGCCCUGCCACGCGGGGUGCCCCGGGGCGGCCGUGCCCAGCCCGGGCGGCCAGAAGCAUUCCUGCGCUGACGGCAACGUUACGGUAAGCCCCGGGCCUGGGUUUCGCUCUGGUCCAGAACCUUUCCUUGCAGCCCGCCGCGUGGAGCUCUGCAGAUCCUGCAGGGUACGUGCUUGCCCCCCGGGGAGGCGGCCACGCGGCCCGGUGGCGCUCGGCUGCCGGCGUGGGGGUGUGACUUGGCCACCCUCCCCGGGCGCUGACGCCGCCGCCUUCCGUUUCAGGUGCGUCCGCGACCGGCAGAGAUCCUUCGCACUGGGCAUCCAGUGGAUCGUGGUUAGGACUCUAGGGGGCAUCCCGGGGCCCAUCGCCUUCGGCUGGGUCAUCGACAGGGCGUGCCUGCUGUGGCAGGACCAGUGCGGCCAGCAGGGCUCCUGCUUCGUGUACCGGAACGCGGCCAUGAGCCGGUACAUGCUCGUCUCCGGGCUGGCGUACAAGGUGCUGGGCUUCCUGUUCUUCGCCAUCGCCUGCCUCCUGUACAAGCCCCCCUCGGAGUCUUCCGACGGCCUGGGCGCCUCUCUGCCCAGCCAGUCCUCGGCCUCCGACAACGCCAUGGACCUCCCGGAUGCCCCCUCGGCCCUCCAGCCCCACAGUGACGUCUGAUGGGGCACUCCCGAGGACACCGAUUUCUCCCCAGAAGGGCUGACCCCUCGCCGGUUGAUGCCACAGUGCUGAGGACCCUCCAGGAAUCUCCCACAGGAUGCUGAGGGGUCUGCGCUGGUGGUGGACGCACGUGAGUCUCAAAGGCGCCCAGGAGAGAGAACGCGAGGUGCAUCCGCAGUGGGCACAGCUCCCGCGUGGUCCCCGGGGGCCAGGCUGAUGGUCUCUCCUGAGGAAGAAUGAGGCCCAGCGGCCCCUCCCUUCCCGGUCCUCGCCCGGCGGACGGACGGACAUAACCGCACAGCACUGAAUUGUCCCGGGGGCUCCGGAACCCUGGACACGGUAGCAGCCGUGCUUGCAAACAAUCUAUGCAACCGUACCGCGCUGUUAGCUCUAGAAAGUGCAAAGCCCCCUGCAGGCCGAGGCCGAGGCCGAGCUCUCCAGGAGCCUGCGGGGCCGGCACACCGGGCGCCCUGACGGUCGAACCACUGGCUGAGAAGUACAAAGCCCGGCCCCCCGCGGCCUCGGGUGUGGCUCACCGCAUCCUGGGGGCAGCCUGGCCCCUUCCGGGGGUUCUCCUGCAAAGCGGAGGAGCUGCGAGGCCGUCCCCGGGGGCUUGGCCCCGCUGGAGCCGCCUGCCUGGGGUGUUCAGACCUGCUGUCCCCUCCUGUCCUCAUAGCUGCUGCAGGACGGGAGCCACUUGCAUAUGUAGAUAUUUAUGAACCAAUAUUUUGCAUCACCUUAUUUAUAGAAUCUGUUUUAUACCUGAGAGUGCGGUGGGCAGAGUGGCACAGUCAGCAGGCACCUGCGAAUUCUGCUGGGAGGACGUCGGGACUUCCGUGGGACGUUGGUUCCCAGGUGUCCUCAGUUAAAAUUACGUGUAUAUAAAUAUAUUUUAGUAUUUAAAACGUA